UCAUGAUUUAUUCAUCUGAGAUCAACAAUAUUGAUGAUACAGUAUUGCCAAUAAUAAUAAAACAAAUAACUAAAUAAAUGAAGCUUGAGUUUGAUCUUCAUCAUGACUGAGUUCUGAAGACGUGUUCUGGUUCUACUUCUAGUCCUGAUGAGGGGAGCAGGACUUUUAUUUUGAAAAACCAGACCCCAGAGAGACUCUCUGGCCUCGGUUCAUCUGCUCCUUCUCGACCUUUGACCUGAGGAGACUCCAGUUCAGGUUUCCACUGAAGCCUGAUGAUGAAAGUGCUUCCUGUUGCCCCCCCCCCCCCCCCCCAUCCGGAACUAGAGGAAGAUGAGUAACCGAGAAGAACCCACUUCCUCUUCUUCAGGCCUUUAAGUAUCCGCCGUCUCCAGACGUCCGCCACUUCACGCCGAGCUCUCUGGAGACCAACAGGUACAUUUAUAAUACUAACCAUCAUCGCCUCCUCUUCCUCACGUCGAUCACCUGCUUCUUGAAGAUGGAAAACUGUGGCACCGCGAUGAAGAGCGUGAUGAAGAGCGUGCUGGUCGCCCUCGUCCUGGUGGCUCAGUGUGGAUCUGCAGCCGAGAAGCUGGCCUCCUGCUGCACUCGGGUCACCAGGCAGGAGCUCCUGGAGCCCGUCACCGGGUUCCUGGUGCAGCAGCCUCACCCGCCCUGCGUGAAGGCCAUCAUAUUUCAGACCCAGUCGGGUCUUUACUGCAGCCAGCUGACGGCUCCAUGGGUCCGCCGCAAGAUCCUGGCCUUCCAGAAAGAAAAAGCUCGAGCCGUCUCUUCAUCUUUGGUCCGCUCGUCUCCCGUCUCCCUCCUCUCCUUCAUCACGUCCACGGCCUCCCCAUCUUCCUCCUCCUCCUCCCCAUCUUCCUCCUCCUCCCCAUCCUCCCCAUCUUCCUCCUCCUCCUCCCCAUCUUUCUCCUCCUCCUCCCCAUCUUCCUCCUCCUCCCCCUCCUCCUCAUCCUCCUCCUCCCCAUCUUCCUCCUCCUCCUCCUCCUCCUCAUCCUCCUCCCCAUCUUUCUCCUCCUCCUCCCCCUCCUCCCCAUCCUUUCCUCCUCCUCCUCCUCCUCCUCCUCCUCCUCCUCCUCCUCGUCCAGCCGAUGAAAACAACGAAUGACUUCAUGACGAAGUACCGGUGUGUGAAACAAAAGAAGAAGAAGAAGAACAGAAUAAUGUUAAAUUAUUAUGAUGAUGUUGAAUAUUUAGUUUAUUUCAAAGUCUUAAUUGUUAAAUUAUUUAUUGGUUUAAUUUAAUUAACAGAGGAACAUUCUUAUAUAUUUAUUAAUACCAAAUGUAUUUAUUAAUAUUUACAAGUAACAACGUCACGAUUGUUAUUAUUUAUUUGAAGACUUGGUGAUAAAUAAAAGUUGCUCAUGUGA